AUGCCUGGAAUACCCAGGUCACGAGGAUGCUCAAACUGCAAACUUCGCAGAGUAAAGUGCGAUGAGACUUGGCCAUCAUGCGAAAGAUGCAAGAGACACGGUAUCGUCUGCACGGGCCCAACUGAGCUGAUCAAAUUCGUCCAUAGGGGACGCCAUCCGAAUCACAGACUGCCAGUUCAACCCAGCGCCGGCGGCUCGGGAGAUCCGUCGCAAAGCCCAUUCCAGCUUCAGUGUGUUUCUCAAUCAUCGAUCCCUGGUACCGUCCGUCAGGCACAUUCCGGCUACAUGAUGUCGUUUCGCCUUGCCCAACCCCGGCCUACCAUGACCACCUCUGCAGAUCGCAUCGCUGCUCGGCUCGUGCAUCAUCUUGAUAAUGCUCCUGAACGGCAAAUGAUCAUGCAGACGGCGCGAUUGGAAGAUUUCCCAGUGCGGCUAGAAGGCAAUGCCAGUCUCCGGGACUCCAUUGCGCUUCUCUGCUCCGUGUGGGCAUCCUACCGCUCCAGGGCACCACCUACAGAGUUUAUCAAUAUGCCUUUGUAUGGCAAGGCUAUUCGCAGCUUAUCCCGUACGCUUGACACAGGCCAGGCCAUCUCGGUGGAGACUUUGGCAUCCAUCGCCAUCCUGCAGAGGACAGAAGACCUGUUCGACCCUGGAGAUCGUCGUUUCAUGCACGAAAAGGGGAUCGCCACUCUGCUGGCCAGGCUAGGUCCUCCUAAGCCAAACGAUAAAUUCUACGCAAGCUUACUGUGUGAAUGCUAUUCAAUCUUGGUACCAUAUUGGGUCAAAACUGAUUGGAACAACAUGCUGGAUGAUCCAGCUUGGAAGGACGCCAUUGUAGCCUGCAUGACGGAUUAUAUUGGAAUUGAAGAGUUGCAGCCAAUGCUAGCAUCAUCUCUCACGCAAUACAACCAUGUCUCGCAGAGGCUACCCGAGAUUAUGCGAGGGAUGAGGACCAUCAACAAUCCAUCUGGCAAGGCCCCAGGAUUCGAUGUAUCGCCGCUCAUUUCAAAAAUGGCCACCGAGCUUCGUGAUAUGGAAGCUGCAGCAGGGGAAACCAGCUCCUCGGCAAUGGAGAAGGCGAUGGAGUUGAAAGCUGUCACUGAGGUUAACGAUUCAACGUUUAUUCACGGGACUUGCUAUCACUUUUCGUCAACCAACCUGGUCCAGUCUCUCAUUUCCUUUGUUAGUCUUCACCUAUGUCUCCUUCAGCUGCGCUACAAGUGGAGUUCUGCCUACCAGCUUUCUGAUUCACAAGCGCUGUGCGCUUCCUUCGAGACAAGGUGUUAUCAAUUGUGGAAGUUCAUCCCGUUCGUGCGAAAGGUCAAACUGUUUCUGGCCAACAUCCACCAAGAUGCGUUUGCGCUAACUCUCGAAAUUGCCAAUGAGAAGGAGAAAAAAUAUCUUUUAGAUCUGUUUAAAGAAUUGGAUAGCUACGCACCGGGACGAUUUGAGGCGUUGAUCACAGCAUCCUAG